AUGUCGACGGAUAGGACGCAUCUGUCCCGGACGUUUCUCGUCCUCCUUCUCAUCCAAGUCCCCUUGGCUGUGGUGACCAUCUCGGCUUCGAUUCUCAGCUUCAGCGUUCACGCAGCGCCGUCUGCUGUGGCGAUUGCUGUGACCAUCUUACACCCCCUACUCGCCCUCUUCUACUCCUCACGGGCCCGCGGCCACCGUCUUCAUCUGUAUGUGACGCUGUUUGGCCUCGUGGUAUGCACCGGCCUGCUCUGUAUUCCCUUGGCCUUCUUCGCACGGCGGGUGCACAUGGUCAACCGGCACCCUGAAGACGCGACUAGGACGGUGUCAGCCUGGGCCAAAGUCGGGUCUGCUACGACCUCUUUGAGCAUUCUCCUGGACCUCGCUUUGGCGGUUGUUCUUGUCUAUCCUCGACGCCAAUAUGCCCCGCCCGAGUCGGAAAAGGCGUCGUUCAUUACCGCAUCGAGUGAUACUCCUCCUCAGUUGCCCCCUCUUUCGUCCCUAAACCACCACCGAAUCUCCUUUCCAGACCGCCCGCCCACGGCUUCGCCCAGUCCGAAUCCCAACGCCCAUAUCCCGCCUACCAUUACGUUGGUUCCCGAGUCGGACUCGGACUCUGAUGGUCGAACCUCGCCAGCGCCCAUUCCAGUCCAACCUGCUGCAACAGCAGUCACAGCAUCAAAACGAGUAACUCGGUCGUUAUCCACCAAAACCCUACCCCCUCUUCCCCCGGUCACACCACCACAACAACACCAAGCGUCCAUGUCCCCCGCAGUCCAACCACCAUCUCAUUCCCUCCCUCCAUAUCCUUCAACUCCAACUCCCAGCCCACCUACCCCCUCCCCCAUAGACCAACUAUCCCCCAUAACCCAACCCACAUCACCACCCUCCCAACAACCACAACAACAGCAGCCCUCACCAUCACCCUCCCCCUCACCCACAGCCCUACGCACACUUACCCCAACACAACCCCCCCGGCCCACCUCCCUCUACACCUACGACCCCACCCAACCCCUCAACCGCAUCGCCCUUCUCCUAGCCCUCACCUCUCACCAGCUCGGCCCCGGCAACUGGCCAGCCACCGAAGCCGUGCUCACACUCUUGCGGAUCUGGGCGUCGGGGGGAGGUGAUAUGAAUAGAGGGGUGGGGGAUAUUAACCUCGGGUUGAGUGGGAAUGGGAAUUCAGGGGGGAAUACAGGGGCGAAAGGGAAUGGACGGGGCGUUACAGCGUUGGCGCAUGCGUGUUUGGUGGAUUUGAGUCAGCGGGUGUGGGCUGCGCAGAGGGGUGGCAUUCACAACACCAAUACCAACAGCCAAGGCAACCCCAUCACCUGCACCCCCAACGUCGAAUCCCACAACGCCAGGCCUCACAAAACCGACACCCACUACAUGCCCAGCAUCCCCAACAGCACCCACACCCACCCCAUACCCAGCAUCCACACUCACACGACCAGCAUCAUCAACAACACCCAGAAAUAA